AUGACCUCAUCUGAGCGAGAUGCUUUCCUCAUGGAAUCCUUCCCUGCUGACUUCCAAUGGGCCACCUCCAGUGAGUCCUUCAAAGUUGAAGGUGGCUGGUCAGAAGGUGGAAAGGGAGAGACCAUUUGGGACCGCUUUGGUCACGAAGGCCUGGCCAGUGUGAAUCAGACAGCUGAUCUAGCUUGUGACAGUUUCCACAAGGUGGAUUACGAUGUCUACCUCCUGAGAGGUCUUCAUGUCAACAACUACCAGUUUUCCAUCUCCUGGGCUCGUAUUUUCCCCUCAGGCCACAGAGGCAGCCAAUCAGAAAAAGGGGCUGUCUACUAUGACAAGCUCAUCAAUGCACUCAUUGAAUCUGGCAUACAACCUGUGGUCACUCUCUACCACUGGGAUCUGCCUCAGGCACUUCAGGACUAUGGUGGAUGGACCAACACUUCCAUUGUUGAAGCCUUCAAGGACUAUGCAGACUUUUGCUUCUCCAGGUUUGGAGACAGGGUCAAGACCUGGAACACAUUCAGUAGCCCCUGGGUGGUGAGCCAUGCUGGCUAUGGCACUGGCAAACACCCCCCUGGAGUAAAGGACUAUGUGGUUGCAUCCUAUCAGGUCACUCACAAUCUGCUCAAGUCCCAUGCUGAGGCCUGGCAUGUCUACAAUGACAAGUACCGGAUGAAACAAGGAGGGAAAGUGGGCAUUGCAUUGAACUCUGACUGGGCUGAGCCCAUGGACCCGUCCAGACCUGAAGACAUAGCAGCUGCAGAUCGCUACCUGCAGUUCAUGCUGGGCUGGUUUGCACAUCCCAUAUUUGUAGAUGGAGAUUAUCCUGCAACACUCAAGACUCAGGUUGAAGAGAAAAGAAGAGAGUGUCCCCACUCUGAGCCUGCAAGACUUCCAGUUUUCACUUCUGAAGAGAGAAAGAGGAUACAUGGAACAGCUGACUUUUUAGGGUUAAACCACUAUACCUCCCGUUUGGUCAACAAGAGUGAUGGAGGCUGCACCCCUGGUAUUCAGGGGGUUGGUGACCUCCAGGCACAUGUGGACCCAUCAUGGUCCUCUACAGCUUCUGACUGGAUAUAUUCAGCACCAUGGGGUCUCCGAAGGCUUCUAAACUACAUUUCCGCAGAAUACUUGAAUGUUACCAAAGUGCCUAUCCACAUAACUGGGAAUGGGAUGCCUACUGAGCACAGCGGGGACACUUUCAAUGACACCAGCAGAAUAGAGUACAUGAGGAGUUACAUCAAUGAGGCCUUGAAAGCUAUACAUUUGGAUGGAGUAAAUGUGCAGCAGUUUACUGUCCAGUCACUCAUGGAUGGCUUUGAGGGUCCACAAGGAUACAGUAAACGCUUUGGACUCCACCAUGUCAACUUUGACCUGCCUGACAGACCCAGGACUCCAAAGCAAUCUGCCUACUUUUACUCCCAAGUCAUUGAGAAAAAUGGUUUUGCUUCCAAAAGCCUGAUGGUACCUGCACCAGAACUGAAAAACAUAAGGUCAAAUAAAGUUUCCUCAAUGCCACCCUCCACCGUCCCAUCACAAGCCAUGGAUGUCUGGAGGAAAUUCUCAAAACAAAGCAAAUUUCAGAGAAAACUCUACCACUAUGGUACCUUCCCAAAAGGCUUCAGUUGGGGAGUAUCGUCAUCAGCUUACCAGAUUGAAGGUGGCUGGAAUGCAGAUGGGAAGGGGACCAGCAUCUGGGAUACAUUCACCCAUAAACCUGGCAGUAUUCCUGGUAAUCCCAGUGGAGAUGUGGCCUGUGACAGCUACCACAGACUUGAUGAAGACCUCUACAUGCUACGAGCUCUGAGGGUGAAGUCCUACAGAUUCUCUCUGUCCUGGUCCAGGAUCUUUCCUGAUGGUCAGCGUACCUCACUGAACCAGAGAGGUGUUGACUACUACAAUAGACUCAUUGAUGGCCUCGUAGCGUAUAAUAUUACACCCACGGUGACACUCUAUCACUGGGACCUCCCUCAAGCUUUGCAGACCCUCGGUGGAUGGGACAAUGUAGAUAUGAUUAACAUUUUUAAUGACUUUUGUGACUUCUCCUUUGCCACCUUUGGAGACAGAGUGAAAUUUUGGAUCACCUUCAACCAGCCUCACACAAUUGCAUGGUCAGGAUAUGGACUUGGACAGAUUCCACCAAAUGUUAAAAAGCCAGGACUUGCUCCAUAUAGAGUUGCACACAACCUGAUAAAAGCUCACGCCAAGGCCUACCACACAUAUGACAAUAAGUAUCGCAAAUCCCAAGGUGGUCUAGUAUCCAUUGCCCUAAAUGCUGAUUGGAUUGAACCUAAAGAUGUUAACGUUCCCAGAGAAGUGGCGGCUGCUGACCGUGCUCUUCAGUUCCAACUGGGCUGGUUUGCACACCCUAUUUUCAAGAAUGGUGACUAUCCUGACGCAAUGAAGUUGCAAGUUGGAAACAAAAGUGAACUCCAAGGUCUUUCAGAGUCAAGACUACCUUCCUUCACUGAGGAAGAAAAGAGCUUCAUCAGGGGAACUGCUGACAUGUUCUGUGUAAAUCACUAUACUACAAAGAUUGCACGUCAUGCUACCUUGAGACUUACCCCACAAUCUUAUGAAUAUGACCGGGAUUUGUCAGAAGCAGAGGAAGGUGAUUCACCAACUACUGCCAUCAGUAAGCAGAGAGCUGUAGCAUGGGGCUUGAGGAGACUCCUAAACUGGAUCAAAGAGGAGUAUGGAGAUCCAGAGAUUUACAUUACUGAGAAUGGAGUAGCUACAGAUAUUAAGACCACAGUUGAUGACACGGACAGAGUAUUUUACCACAAGACCUAUGUUGAUGAGGCUUUAAAAGCUCAUAAUCUUGAUGGUGUGAAGGUGAAAGGAUACAUAGCAACAUCUCUCAUGGAUUCUUUUGAGUGGCUUAAUGGGUACAAAAUUGGAUUUGGCCUGCACCAUGUGGACUUCACCAAUUCAAACCGGCCAAGGACACCCAAACGCUCAGCUCACUAUUAUUACCAGGUCAUGAGGGACAAUGGCUUCCCAUUACCAGAUGAUGAGAAGAUGCUUUAUGGACAGUUUCCCAAAACCUUUAACUGGAGUACUGCCAGUGCUUCUUACCAGAUCGAAGGGAGCUGGAGAGCCCUUGGAAAGGGACUAAGUAUCUGGGACAAGUUUGCCCAUACUCCUUUGAGAGUGGACAACAGUGACAAUGGCGAUAUUGCUUGUGAUAGUUACAAUAAAAUUGACAAGGAUGUGGAGGUGCUGAAGAAGUUGAAGGUAUCCCACUAUCGCUUUUCUGUAUCCUGGCCCAGGGUGCUUCCUGAUGGCACCAACAACCACAUUAAUGAAGCUGGGUUGAACUACUACCACAGAUUACUGGAUGCCUUGGAAGCUGCUAAUAUUCAGCCACAGGUCACGCUAUACCACUGGGACCUUCCCCUGGCUCUACAGAAAGUUGGAGGCUGGGAGAAUGAAACCAUUGUACACAGAUUCAGUGAUUAUGCUGAUGUUUUAUUCAGCCGACUUGGAAGCAGAGUGAAGUUCUGGAUCACUCUAAAUGAACCCUACAUUGUAGCCAACCUUGGUUACGGAUAUGGAACCUUUGCUCCAGGUAUUCUUUUGAGAUAUUCCCGUAAGCAGUAUAUUGCAGCUCACAACUUGAUCAAAGCCCAUGCUGAGGCUUGGCACCUCUACAAUGACAAGUACCGUGCAACACAGGGUGGCCUCAUCUCCAUUACCAUUAAUUCUGAUUGGGUGGAGCCACAGAACCCACACAAGCAGGAGGAUGUGGAUGCAGCCAAGCGAUAUUUGCAGUUCUUCAUUGGCUGGUUUGCUCAUCCCGUCUUUAAUGGUGAUUAUCCUGACUUAAUGAAAACAGUCAUUCGCAAAAGAAGCCUUGCUGCAGGUCUCCCUGAGUCACGGCUUCCGGAAUUCACUCCUGAGGAAAUCAAGAGGAUCAAAGGGACUCAUGAUUACUUUGGCUUUAACCAUUACACCACAGUUCUUUCAUCCCCUGUUGAUUUGGGAAAUCAGCAGGAUUAUGAAGGUGACAGGGGUACUAAAACCACACAUGACCGUACCUGGAUUGAAUCUGGCUCCUUCUGGCUGAAGAUCACUCCAUUUGGAUUCAGGAAAAUCCUCAAGUUCAUCAAGGAUGAGUAUGGAAACCCGCCCGUCUAUGUCACAGAGAAUGGGAUCUCAGAGAGAGGAGCAGUGGACUUGAAUGACAUCCACAGAACACACUAUUAUGAGAACUACAUUAACCAGGCACUGAAAGCCUGUGUUGUGGAUGGAGUCGACCUGAGAGGCUACACAGCCUGGUCAUUAAUGGACAACUUUGAGUGGGCUGCAGGCUACUCUGAGCGAUUUGGACUUUUCUAUGUGAACCGCUCCGACCCCACGCUUCCUCGCAUCCCUAAAAACUCAGCCUCUCGCUAUGCCUCCAUCAUCAACUGCAAUGGCUUCCCAGAUCCAGCCCUUGGGCCCCAUGAGUGUUUGAACCCUGAAACUGAAGAGAACACUGCUCCUGCAACUGUUCCCGUUAUGCCUCCGAACAUGGUGGACUUCUUGAGUCUGGAGCUUUCAUCUCAUGAUGCUGAAGUAGCACUUUACAUCAUCUUUGUGUUUCUUCUUCUCAAAAUCACUGGUAAAAGAGUGUCAGAGGCCUGGAGGAGCCAGUCAGACAAGGCCCUGCAUGUCUUUCCCACUCAAUACCAUGAUCCACACAAACAGCUCUUCUUUGACAAAGGAGUUAGCAGGGCAACUGCACAUCCUCUUCGCACUCCUGCUGGGAUACCUACGUCUGGUCUCCAGGGUGACCCGUCUUCUCAACAGGAUAUACGCAUUAACUCACGCUCUGAUCAACAAGGGGUCCGUUCAAUAUCUGAAACCCCAGAGUCUGUCCGGAUGGGCGUGGUUGGCUGGAGCACUUCAAAGGGCAUGCGGCAGGAUGGCACACAACAGCUGGCAUACAGCUUGGCUUACAGACUGUUCACCAAUGUUUACUGA